AAGAUGGCGCUUCCCAUCGUGGACAACAUGUGUUCUACAAUGCUGGGGCUAUUUAAGCAAGAGAGUAAUAAGCAUGGAACUGCAAUAAACUUGCUUCCUUCAUUUACAGAAGAUUCGACAGAGCUGCAGAUCUUUAGAUUCGAGAAGUCUGGCAAUCUGUCUUCAUGGGUUGGUCAUAUCAACAGCUGUCUGAACUCUACAAAAACAAGAUUGGAGGGUGUAAGUCUCUUGAGGGCCCUUGUCCCUCAGUGUCCACUGGAGAUCUUCCAGCAGCACUGUUUGUCAUGGGUCAGGUUGCUUAUACAAAGUCUACAGUCGUAUGAUUCACCACCAGUCAUCAGCCUCGUUGCCAGAACACUGGAAAUCAUUCUCCAGGAUGCAGCCCAAGUGUCUGAGCUGUCAAGAGAAGUGUCUAAUUCAAGCAUAUCUAUCAUCAUGCUAGCAGCUCUUGACAUGAAACAACUGGAUUCUGCGAUAAGUCUCCUGUCUGCCUGUAUACAGAACUUCCCUGGACCCUGUGGACCAUUUAAGACACGUGCUGAGAACUUCUUUCUGCAAGUCAUGUACUCUGAGGAGAUUUUAGACAUCUCUUUGUCUGCAAGUCGAUGUCUGGCUCUACUUCCAAGGGUUGGAGGUGGUGGCCAAGGUGGGAUCAAACAUAUAGAGGCAUGGUCCUUCUUCUGCCACAGGGUGUUGACUAGCAUGACGAUUGUACUAGAUGAUCUGUAUGGGGAAACAGACUCAGGGAGCCAGGUUGACUCUGCCUACCCUCCUCUAGGUUUGCUUGAUGCACCAUCUAAGGAGCCUUCAAGAACAUGUACACUCAUCAGACACUUCAAGGUUCUAUCAGCUUGCCUCCAACACAUGAUUAGAGCUGAAUUUCCAGAAAUUGUGAAAAUUCCAGUCAAUCCUGUUUUGUCCUUGUGCUACAGAGUGCUUGCCUUGAAUGGCAAGAUGCUUUCCAAAAAGGUGUCAUUGCAAUGGACUCUGCUGGCUGGUUCUCUCUCUACAAUUCACACUGAAGCAUUCAGCAUGAUGUCAGCUCUUAUAUCAAGUUGCCGUGGUAAUCUGAUUGUCCAUGGUGACAUGAUAAACAAACUCUUCAUACAAACACUUGGUUGGACAAUGAACAGCCAAUCAGAUGACUGCAAGCAAAGACCAUACAGUUGUCUAAGACAAGCUGCUUAUUCAACUCUGGAGACCUGGAUUGAAACUGUUGGAGCCUGUACUGGAAUUGAAUCUUGUGCUGAUAAACUACUUGAGCAGAUCUUGAACGAUGCAAGCCCACAGAUACAAACAACAAAGUUAAAAAUGACAGGUGAUGACAAACCAGCCCCAUCAAUGACCACCUUAAUGCUUUCUGGUAAAGCCAAACAGAAGGGACAAAUAGCUACUGUAGAGAAUGCUAGCAGUCUGGCAGGCCAGCAACGAAUUGACCAUCUUGCUAAUAGUGAGGUGUGUCUAGCUUCACUUAAAGUGUUACGAUGUAUUAUCAUGAAUCUUGGAAGCAGAGUGAAACCUGAUGUACACAAGGAUGUUCAUGACUUUGCCAUCCCACUACUCGUUCGUAUUCAGCAAGUAUCCCUUACCCUCAGCCCUGCCCCAUACUCCAGUGUGGAUUGCCGUAAAGCACUUUACCAUGUGCUUCUAUCCUGUGUUAUUGCACCUCAUCCUAGAUGGCCAGCACCCAUACAGUGUGCCACCAGCUUAUUCAGUCGUGGACGACAAGACACAAGUAUAACGGUUGCUAGUUUUUGCACUGAAGCAUCCAUCGUUUGUCAAUCAAUAAUCCAUCCCAGAGUACCAUCUCUCCAGUAUCCCGUCAACAUGGCCCAACUUGAACCAAAGAGAUCAAUCAACACGGCCUAUGACCUUACAGUAAGAUCUGACCUUGGAUACAUGGACACCAGUGAUGUUGGUGAUGACUCGGCAUUACUAACAAAUGUCAAAGAUAACACCAUCGCUGUGUCCAGCUUUGAUGGUUGGAGAGCGCCUCCAAGUGACCAGGAAGGGCCAUUGUCUGGAAGUCAGCUUUCAACCGCCACGUUGGAUAAUCUAGACCAGGACAAGCAAGGAGAAGAGUCGUCAGAUGAGUCAGAAGAUGAGGAGGAUAUCAAAGAAGAACAGCAGGGUAGUGGGGAUGACAAACAUCUUAAAGAUACUACAAUCCAGCUUCAAGAAAUGAUUAAGAAUAGCCCUGAAGCUUCAGCCAGUCAAGUGUCUAUGAGCUGUAGUAUUGCUGAGGGUCAGACAGCUGGAGAUCGCACCAUUAGUAUUGCUGAACAAGGGGAUGUGGAUCCUCCAGUCACAGCUGGAGAUCGCACCAUUAGUAUUGCUGAACAAGGGGAUGUGGAUCCUCCAGUGAAUGAUGGAGGAAGGUACUCCACAAGGAGACGCUCAAAGAGACAACUAACGAAGCUUCAGAAUCAGGCAAGGAGUGAAGACAAUGAUGCAGAUGCAGAUGGGGAUGAAAAGGUCACCAAGAAAGUAAAGAAAGGCAAAUCACAAGAGAAAGACAAGAAUGUUGGUGAUGCUGAAGAUAAGGUUGGAAAUGAAGACAUGACCGAGGAGACGGCUUCCAUGCUGGCAAGUUUUGUGGACUCAAUGCCAGAUGAAGACUAAAGAUUAUUUUGCUGUGAUUCAUUUGAAAUCAUUUAAUUGAGACAUGCUGAGCUGGCAUUGAAUUCAACAAGAGAGUUAUAUUAGUGAAGCUGUACCGGUGAAUGUUGGUCGAGAGACAGGGCCCAAUUUCAUCAAUUGCAGCCGUUUUGUGCUCACGAGGCGUCCCUUAGCAGAAUUUCAUAAAGCUGUUUACCAUAAGCAAGGGUACAUUUUGUAAAUGCUGACUAAAGCCGGGUUCAUACUUCAUGCGAGUGCGAAUGCGAAGCAAAUUUGAGGUGAAUUUGACGUCACACACUCCUUGCGCAGUGUUUAUUUGCAAGGGAGUGGAGCAGAGUUCAACUGCUGCGAAUUGUUCGUUGCGAAUUUGUCACGUCAACAUUCGCUUCGCAUUUGCAUUCGCAGGAAGUAUUACACACGGUAAGCACACAAUGAGGGAAGUAACAAUGCAAAUCCAUGGUGAACAUGCAUGCGCGCCUAAACAUUUUAACCUUGGUUAAAUACUUUUAUGCUUCUGCACAUUUUUCUGCUAUAGUAAGCACACACAUUUGCUUACUGGUAACUAGCUUUAUGGAUCUGGGCCCUGAUCACCACUAUGGUUCCAGGUCUAGUACAUGAAUUGCUUUUGGCUUGUCCUGCCUUCGGCCCCUUGUUGACUGUCCUAAAAUGUUACUGGUAUUGGAUGCAGACCUGAAAGGUGUUACUUGCUUGAUUUGAUCAAUGGUCAUAACUCUAUGAUGUAUUGGAAGUUCAGAAUUGUAAAGGCCAAGUCACACUACAGUGAUUACGAAAACGAUAACCAUUACGACGCAAAGAUAACGCAUUCUAUUUGUUGAAUUGCUCCACGCAGAAUUCGCACAUGCUCAUUCAACCAAUAGAAUGCGUUCUCUUUGCGUCAUGAUCAUUAUUGCUGCAGUGUGACUCGGCCUUCAGUCAGGCAAAACACCAGGUUAAAGACAAGUGGACACUAUUGGUAACUGUCAAAGACUAGUCUUCGCAGUUGGUGUAUCUCGACACAUGCACAAAAUAACAA